AUGGCGUUGAGGUUGCACGUUGACGGCGACGGCGGUCGUUCCAGUCACUUAGCUCAAUUCUUUCCUUUAUAUAGGUUCAACGAGGAGCGGCUUGCGAUGCUGGCAGAACGAAGUGCUCUCGAACGUGAACGGCAAGAGGUUCAGAAGGAGAAACAAGAAUUGCUGAAAAACGAACAACUUGCCAUUAUCAACAAAGGUGGAGCUGUUCGGCCUCCCAUCAAAUUUUCUUUUGGUAAAUCUUCAUGA